UUUGCUCGCAUUGCAUUGUGGGAGCGCUGCCUUUUCUUCUAUCGGGAGGCGCCGCUAAAGCGAAACCGCUGCUGUUCUCUAACACGUCGUGUGGACUGGUGCGGGCUCCGUUAAUCUCUCUCCACCAUGUCAGUGCGGGAGGCUUUUAACCCAGAGAGUUACGAGUUGGAUAAGAACUUCAGACUAACGCGGUUCACAGAGCUUAAAGGCACCGGCUGCAAAGUCCCUCAGGAUGUGCUACAGAAACUUCUGGAGUCGUUGCAGGAGAACCAUUUUCAGGAGGAUGAGCAGUUCCUUGGGGCAGUUAUGCCCAGAUUGGGCAUCGGCAUGGACACCUGCGUGAUUCCUCUGAGACACGGCGGCCUUUCACUUGUACAGACCACAGACUACAUCUACCCUAUAGUGGACGACCCUUACAUGAUGGGCAGAAUUGCGUGUGCUAACGUCUUGAGUGACCUGUACGCUAUGGGAGUGACCGAGUGUGAUAACAUGUUGAUGUUGUUAGGCGUCAGCAACAAACUGUCAGAAAAGGAGAGGGACAAGGUGAUGCCGCUUAUUAUCCAGGGUUUUAAGGAUGCAGCAGAGGAAGCAGGCACCUCGGUGACCGGUGGUCAGACUGUUGUGAACCCCUGGAUCGUACUCGGAGGCGUGGCCACGACAGUCUGCCAACCCAAUGAGUUCAUCAUGCCAGAUAAUGCAGUGCCAGGUGACGUGUUGGUUCUGACGAAACCUCUCGGCACUCAAGUAGCAGUUGCAGUGCAUCAGUGGCUGGACAUCCCAGAGAAAUGGAACAAGAUCAAGUUAGUGGUGACACAAGAGGAUGUGGAGCUAGCCUAUCAGGAGGCUAUGUUGAACAUGGCAAGACUCAACAGAACAGCCGCAGGUCUGAUGCACACGUUCAACGCACACGCCGCCACUGACAUCACAGGCUUCGGUAUUUUGGGUCACGCUCAGAACCUCGCCAGGCAGCAACGCAGCGAGGUCUCCUUUGUCAUCCACAACCUACCCGUCCUCGCCAAGAUGGCCGCCGUCAGCAAAGCCUGCGGGAACAUGUUCGGGCUAAUGCACGGCUCCUGCCCCGAGACCUCAGGAGGUUUGCUGAUCUGUCUUCCACGUGAGCAAGCCGCUCGCUUCUGCGCCGAGAUCAAAUCUCCAAAAUACGGCGAGGGCCACCAGGCCUGGAUCAUCGGCAUCGUAGAGAAAGGCAACCGCACAGCCCGCAUUAUCGACAAGCCGCGCAUCAUCGAGGUCGCACCCCAGGUGGCCACGCAGAACGUCAACACCACCCCAGGAGCUACAUCCUAAAGCUGAGCCCACGACCCCUGAACAUUUUACCACGCUCUAGCUCCACCACAGCGUAGAAACACACACCGCCUGCCUACCAUGACAUUACGGCAGAUACUACAUGGACACACUUAAAAACAAAAGUAACAGGGAAUCAAUGUCUUUUUUUUUCCCCCCAGUAAGUUUUCUGUUACUAAACGUUGCAGAAGCACCCAACUUUAAGGCAGCUUCUACAGUAAAUGAAGAGUAUGACGAUAAUCUGAUACUGUUGAUUCUUUGUGAAUCUCUUUGUGAAUCUCUUCUGCUCCUCUUCAAUUGGAAAUCAUGUCCCAGUAAAUCUCUAACGACCCACUGACACGCGUACAUUGUAGCAAUAUAUAUAUAAAGUUUUGAUUUUGACGCUCCAUGUGCCAGCAGUAGUUCAGACUGUAGCUGAUAUGUCGAGCGAUAGGGAAAAAAAGUGAGUAUAUAUAGUUUUUUUUUUUGUUUUUUUGUUUUUUUAUAAAUUUUGUCUUUUGUAUGAUAUUUUCCUGGACUAAUCUAAAUAAAGUGACCCUUGCCUGGUUUUUGAAUGGGCUGAAAGAAUCAGAACUAAACACCGUCCUGUAUCUUUUAAGGUGUGCCGUGUCUACCCAUGAUGGUAGUGUGUUGACAUUUUGUCAGCGAAUGUAAACAGUGGAGAUGCAGUUUAUAUAUUGUAGGACGUUCACCGUUUGGUACAGACGUUUCUGGGAUAGAGUUAAGGUUUUAUAUUCUAUGAAAACCCCAUUAUUCUUUCUCUGUCUCUCUCUCUCUCAUCUACCAACAGUGACAUAUAUCUCUAUGCCCCUUAAAUAAAUCUGAUCUUUUUUUUUUUAUUA